GCAGCCACCAGCUUCUUCAAGGCUGAACGGCAACUCCCAAAAUAGCAAAGCGACUUCGGGAAGCCUCAGAAAAAAAGAUGGCUGAAGCAGUUUCACCCAUAACUCGACAAGUAACGAAAGAAGAUGAGGAAAGCGGGAGCCCUGCUGUCCAUUAUCAUCUAGAAGACGUCGAAGACUGUCUAAUUUACGACCGGCAUGGAGUCUCCGUUCCGUUCAGGAAAUUAUAUCAAGACAGGAAAUCGGUCCUAAUUUUCGUGCGGAAUUUCUUGUGCUACAGCUGUAAAGAAUAUGUGGAGGAUUUGAGCAAAAUACCUGGAGAAGCACUGGAGGAUGCUGACAUUAGACUGGUUGUGAUUGGUCAGUCUGCUUAUCAUCAUAUAGAGCCGUUCUGCUCACUGACGGGGUAUCCUUAUGAAAUAUACGUGGACCCGGAGAGGUGCAUUUAUCAAAAGCUUGGGAUGAAGAGAGAGGAGAAAUUUACAGACUCAGCGCACCCUAGUCCCCAUGUGAAGUCUGGUAUCUUUAUGGGACAAAUGAAGAGUAUAUGGAGGGCCAUGACGAGCCCUGCAUUUGACUUCCAGGGGGACCUGCAUCAACAAGGUGGAGCCAUCAUUGCAGGACCAGGCUCUCAAGUUCAUUUUUCCCAUUUUGACAUGAACCGCCUGGAUCACAUGCCGAUUGACUGGCUCCUGCAGCUCGCCGGAGUUCAACAGACUCUGGACUUCAGCGAUAAGCCAAAGAUCAUCCAUGUGUAGCCAGCUGGUCUGCCUGAAAGUGUGCUUUAUCCCGCAUCGCUGUCGUAUGCAGGGAUGUACAUGUUGCUUGUUACAUCACCAUUGCUCACUAACAAAUUGCUACAAAAAGAGUUUGGGCACCAUCAUUCUCUGUAAAAACUUUUUUGCAUCCCAGUAUUUCUGAGUCUAUUUAUCAUGUCUGUACUUGUUAGCCGCCUCAUGUCUAAAUAUUGGAUAGGUGUGACUGAAACAAAAGUGAAACUUCAUUCUAGACCUUGGAAACAGGAGUUGACAAAAACAGAAUCUUAACUCAAGGUCUCCUUCCAGCUUUUUGCAGAGCCCCCAAUCACAUCUCAUGGGCUGAUGAAGUCGAAAGCUCUGGAAAAAAA